CGCCGCCGCCGCCCGGCAAUAAUCUGGGCGGCAGCGGGCGGCGCCGAGUCUUGGCCACCAGCCACUUCUGCGGCUGUGGAGAGGAGCGAAGUUCGUGGGUCGCGUGUUGUCCCCCUCUGCCGCCCCCAGGAGGGGCGAGAGGGAGCCCGCCGCUGAUGUCAGGUUCAUUUAAAAUUUUAAGCUUCACAGUACCAUCAAGUGGCUUUUAGAAGCUUUGUUGAGAAUUGUGUAAAACAGCUACUGUACAGAUAAGGUGAAAAAACAGAAAUACACUAUCGGGAAAUGGCCUCUAAAUCUUGGCUGAAUUUUUUAACUUUCCUCUGUGGAUCUGCAAUUGGAUUUGUUCUCUGUUCUCAGCUAUUUAGUAUUUUGUUGGGUGAACAGGAAGACACCCAGCCUAAUAUUCUUCAUAAUGAUCCUCAUGCUAGGCAUUCAGAUGAUAAUGGACAGAAUCAUCUAGAAGGACAGAUGAACUUCAAUGCAGAUGCUAGUCAACAUAAAGAUGAGAACACAGACAUCGCGGCACAACUUUAUCAGAAAGUUAAAAUUCUUUGCUGGGUUAUGACAGGGCCUCAAAAUCUAGAAAAAAAGGCCAAACAUGUCAAAGCUACAUGGGCCCAGCGUUGUAAUAAAGUAUUGUUUAUGAGUUCAGAAGAAAAUAAAGACUUCCCUGCUGUGGGAUUAGAAACCAGAGAAGGCAGAGACCAACUAUACUGGAAAACAAUUAAAGCUUUUCAAUAUGUUCAUGAACAUUAUUUAGAAGAUGCUGAUUGGUUUAUGAAAGCAGAUGAUGAUACUUAUGUUAUACUAGACAAUUUGAGAUGGCUUCUCUCAAAAUACAACCCUGAAGAACCCAUUUACUUUGGGAGAAGAUUUAAGCCCUAUGUAAAGCAGGGCUACAUGAGUGGAGGAGCAGGAUAUGUACUGAGCAAAGAAGCCUUGAAGAGAUUUGUUAAUGCAUUCAAAACAGACACUUGUACACAUAGUUCCUCCAUUGAAGAUUUAGCACUGGGGAGAUGCAUGGAAAUUAUAAAUGUAGAAGCAGGAGAUUCCAGAGAUACCAUUGGAAAAGAAACUUUUCAUCCCUUUGUACCAGAACACCACUUAAUCAAGGGUUAUCUACCUAAAACUUUUUGGUACUGGAAUUACAACUUUUAUCCUCCUGUAGAGGGUCCUGGUUGCUGUUCUGAUCUUGCAGUUUCUUUUCACUAUGUUGAUCCUACAACUAUGUAUGAGUUAGAAUACCUCGUUUAUCAUCUUCGUCCAUAUGGUUAUUUAUACAGAUAUCAACCUGCCUUACGAGAGAAUAAUGUAAAGGAAAUAAGUAAAGCAUACAAAAAUGAAGAUCCAAAAGUAAAAUUGUGAACACUUGAGAGAAAAGCAUAAGUGAACAGAGGCAAAAUGUCUAACAUUGCACUGAAGAAGACUUCUGCAUUUCUCAUUUAGAACACUGGAAUCCCAGUGAGGAAGUGAACAUUCCAUAUUAUAAAUCUUGCAUAUGAAUGACUGUAAACUGAAGCUUUAAGUGAGCUAAAAAAGUCUGUUAAAAUGUGUUUUGAUACAGUAAUUAAUAUAUAUGUAUGUGUGUGUCUGUAUAUAGAUAUAUAUAUAUAUUUUUAUGAAAAACGUGUGUUUUUAAAGUGGUCACAGGGACUAGAAAAGAGAUUUUGUUGCCUGUUCUGACCACGUAUUAUUUUCAAUGAGAAACUAAAACAUUUAAUUUGCUAAAACUACAGUGCACUGUGUUAGUAACACACGUGAUGCUAAACAGGUCUGCCUUAAAGAAAAUUUUAGGAGGAAAUAUUGAUGCUCAGUGUUGUAUAUAAACUCAAGACAUGAGUUUAUAUUGCAGUAUGAUAUAAAUAAACCAGCCCCCCACCCCACCCCCUUACAUGCACACAGUUUUUGUCUAAUGAAAAUUUUGCUGACUCUAUAAUUGGCAGUAUUUCUUCCAGAAGAAGGUGGAAUAAGAAUGGCACUUGUACUAAAGUGCAUUAAUAAAACCACAUUUUGAAAUGAUCAUGGGCCUUGACUGUAUUAUCUACUUGGUUAUAGUUUGUAAUUAAUCUUUUACCGAGUCCCUGUUUCUCUUUUCUUUAACCACUCUUGAAUACCAUUCUCAUUACUUAUAUUUAUUUACUAAAACCAUUAAUAGCAUUCUAUAAAAUAUUUUGUUCUGCACUUACCCAUUUUAUUUUGGGAAACAAUAGUAAAUUUAAUGCUAUUUGGGGUGUUUAUCUUACAUCAGUGCCACUCUCUUGAAUUGAUAAGUUACAUUUUUAAUUAUUUAAAAUUCUUUUCAACUACAAAAUUAUAAUUCCUUUUAUUCUCAUCCAUAAAGAUUAGAACUUGUUUGUGCCUUUCAUGACUUGUUUAAAAUGGUUUUUUGUAAUUCUGUUUUAGGAUCUGAGGUGGCUGUUAGUUAUACUGGCAGCAUGAUUUGAAUGCAGGGUUCUGACCAAAGUUAAUUAAAAACAUUAAUGUGUUUAAGCAGACUGAAAUAUGUGAUAUUUUCAAAUUUAAUUUAUGAACAACAGCCUAAAUUUUGAUGCCAACUGUUAUUUUACAAUGAUUGUCUUCCCAAUGGAUAAUCCUGAUGGAGCAGAAUACCCAGUCUACUUUGUCAUCAAAAACACUUUCUAGGCUAUAAUCAAAAAGUGCUUCAUUCAAAUUUUAGUGACUAUUUAAAGAGUUUCUGGGAGGGAAGAAAAGUUUUAAUUUUUCAUCUUAGCAAUAUUAUAUGCGUAUAUCUUAACAGAAUAUUUUAGACUUUCUGUAUGAUUGUCUUAAAUAUUAUAGAUGAUUUACAUUUCUCCUAAGUUUAUCAUUAUGAUAAUUCUUCAUGGCAGUCAUGUUAUUGACUCUGCUGCUUAGAUAGUUUAUAUUUAUUGUACCAAAACAUAUCAAAAUCAGGAUUGAUUUGGAUGAUAAAUUUGAAAGGAUGUUCAUUUUUGCAAGUAAUUACUAUGUUCACAUAGUAAAAACUCACCAGUUUUUACCUAUUAAAUUAAUUUUUGUUGUUUUUAUGAUGGUUUCUCCCCCAGAUUUCAAGAUAUUCAUUCUGUUCUUUGAACAAUUCCUUACCUUGGCAUGGGCAUGAAUUUAUUUGCAAUCCAUAUAUGAUCCUUUUCUGCACUAACGUGUAGUUUAUAGUAAAUAUCCAAAACCUUAAAAUUUACUGAUGGGAAAUUAACAUUGUGAUAAAUCCCAGGUUCUGGAAUCAAACUGCCUGGGUUUAAAUUCUUGUUCUAUCACUUACCUAGUUUGUAACCUUGAACAAGUUAAUACUGUGCCUCAAUUAACUCAUCUGUAAAUUAGGGAUAAUAAUACUACCUACCUCACAGGUUUUUAUGAGGAUUGAAUGAGUGAAUAUAUAUCAGUAUUUAAAACACUGUCUGGCCCAGAGUGUGGAGCAAUAAAUAUAAGGUUUUUAUUAUUCUGUUACCUUGGAAUGUAAAUAUUUGAUUUAAAUGAAUGAAAAAUUGCUUUAAUCAAAUUAGAUGUGGAAGGAACUAUUUCUUACAAUAAAUAAUAGCUAGUUUUUAUCUAGUGCCUACUAUAUGCCAGAUAUUUAGGUACUCUGUACAUUAGUAUUAAUAUCACAGAUUAGGUGUAUUCCCAAAUUAUAGAUGAGAAAACUGAGGCUCAGAGAACUAAAAGUACUUUUCCAUUGUCACAAAGCUAGUAAGUAAUACACCUUGGAUAUAUGCUCAAAACCUGUGUUUUCUUUGUACCGUGUCAGUUUUGAAGUUAGUCAUUUAGCAUUAUUCCUGUUUUUACUUAUAUGACAUCUGACACAUUGGCCAGUAAUAGUCAAGUUAACUAAGUUAUCAUAGUGGUUCUCAACUUGUGGUUCUUACACUUUUGUCUGGGAGCUGGUUAAAAUGCAAUGUUCAAGAGCCCAGUCCUGGAAAUUCUGAUUCUAGUGUGUGGGUCAACAGUAUGCAUUCCUAUCAGAUACUCUUGGGCAGUGGUCCCAAUUAGAUUCCCACUUGAGAAUUUAUUGGAACUGCAGUCUUGCCUACCCACUCCUCUCCCCCGCCCCCAAAUAUCGAUUCCCAAACUCUAGGGCUGGCAGCUAGCAGUUCUGUUUAAGCAAGCCUGACAGUUGAGUCUUACUCAUCUCAUUUGAGAACCACUGUACCAAAACCAUGGUGAUUCUGCUUCAAAUGGUUUGAGGAUUACUGUCCUGUUAAGUAAGUUACCUUUGAAAGACUUAGAUAAAGCAUGUUUUAGAUCAUUGUUGUCCAUGAUCAGACUAUAGUCAAUCUAAGUGACUUUAAAGAUAAUUUAAAGGAUCAAUGGGUAACUCAUUUUGGCAGAAUUUUUUAGCUGCUUCAAAGUGACCAUGGCUCACAAUAAAAUCUUUGUCCAAGUUUAGUAAUUUCAGAUUGAGUCAGGAAGGGCUGAUGAAGUACUAGCAAAUCUAUACUAACUCAUUUAGAGCAUAUUUAAAUGACGUCAUCAAAAUUAUCCACAAUUGUUAGUAAAAAAAUGUUGAGGUAGCAAAAUGCUGUUUUUAUAUGCAGAAUAUUUGCUCCCACUUCAUACUAUCAAAAUUUCAUCAUUUUUCAGAAUCAAUUAUAGACCUAAGAAGCAAAAAUUUUUCCAUAUUUGAUAGAUUAUAUAAAACCAAAUUUCGUGAUAAUGUCUUGCCUUUUAUCAAUUAAGAUCUUUGUCAUUUAGAUAAAUGACUUUAGUGUAGUCUCAAAGCUAGAGGCUUUUGUUCUCUUAUGUUCUCCAAUAAUGGUAUACUUGUAUUUUCUAGUGGGAUGUUCAUUGAUGAUACAAAGCAGAUUUUGUGCCAGAGUUCAACUAUUUGUUUUUAAAUAAACUUUAGAGGAAUUUUUGUUACUGCAAGAUUUUAAAUAAAUCCCUCAUCACUUUUCAAUUUUUUUUUGAAAUACGGUAAUUGGAUUUGAGUAUUAAAUUUACUAACUGGUUAUUUUCAUACUUGUUUCCUGAGUAUUAAUUUUUUACUUCCUUAAUCCUAUCAAACUAGAUUACUUUCAGACUGAGGCUUGAAAAACUUACUUUACUAUAUUAAGUCUGUCUUAUUAUUAUUAUUUAAGUUUCCAGUUUGAAUAGUCUAACAAGUCUGCUUUUUCUUUAUUGCCCUUUUUUUAUUUCCUUUAUAACUAAUUUCCAUUUUCUAGCUAGCCUUAGUGCUGCCUUCACAGGUUAAUUUUGCUAUUAUUAGUAAUUAGAAGUUGUAUCACUUACUGAUAAUUUAUACCUAUUAACUUUCGGUUUCCCUUUGAGAUUGGAAGUAAAAUUCUAAGAAUAAUGCCUGCUCCUGCUCAGGUUACUUGCCCUACUUAAAAAUCUACAAUUUUAAACUAAUUCUAUAUAUACAGUAACUAAAUGAGGUAAAAUCAUUUGGAUUUCAUCUCUCACCCACCUUCACCCCUGUGUACCCACUCUCUUCUCAAAAACAAAAACUCACUUGCCACUACUUCUUAUAGUAGGCCCAACUGAAACUUAAGAAAUCUGGGAGACAGCCUGUGGUUUAUUACAUGCUAAAUAUUAUUUACCUCUGUUGAUUUUUUUAAAAAUGACAUGUUUAUAUAUUGAACUAGAAAUAUUAAUACAGGUUAGAAUAAAGAUUUUUGCAAGUUCUCUUUAGAGAAAUCAACUCUAAAGUUAAUUUUAGAGUUGAAUAGUGCUCUAUUUCAACUCUUACCUUUCUUGUUUUGAGUUAUAAAUUUAAAUAAUUUUGCAGGACCCUGUAAGUUAAUAAUUCAUAUAAAGUAUAUUAUUAGAAGGAUACUAAUCUUACUGCUAAGCAGUGUUAUAUUACACAGUGAAUCUUUGUGUUUGGAAAUUUAAAAAUUAUAUAAGGUAAUAGUAUCAUGAAUGGUUUAAAAAUGUCUGGUGACUUGCUUAUUUUAAGUGAUCAGAAAAUAAGUCAGAAAAAUGUAUUUUUAAAUGUUUUCUAAAGUGCCUUUUGAAUAUUUUUAAAUAAUGAAUUUAAACAACUGCAUAAAAUAAAUUACCAUGUUUA